CUCUCCUCACUUGGGAGGCAGCCUCCGAUCUCAUUGGCUUGCCGGGCUGCAGCCCGAGCUUUUGCGCGCGGCAAGCCAGCAAAACCCGGCUCCUCCUGGAUCAUCCAAUUCAUUAACUAAAUCCGCCUCCGAGUUCGAGAAGGUGGCAUCGGCGGGCUGCCUGCAAAUGUUCCUUUGGGUCGGCAGAGGGCGCCGCGCCUCGCUGUUUGGCUGCCACAGCGGGAAAACCGUACAGGCUGAGAGGAGGUAGCUGGCGCCGCUGGGUGGCCGCUCCCCGCUCGGCGUAUAUAGCGGGCUCUCCGUCUCUUUGCGCGCGGCUCCCCUUCUUUCUGGCGCUGUCCUCAGUUCGGGAGACGGGAAAGCUGCCAGGCGGCCGCAGCUGAGAGUGCCAGGACUGGGGGGAGGGAGCGGCCUCCUUUGUCCUGCCCGGCGGGGACGAAGAGGAGGCAUCUCGGUGGCAGUGCCAGGUACAAUGGGCUGUCUUGCACUGAGAAGGACUCUAAUGGAUAUAUUUUGUAUUUAUUAAUUUUGUUUGGAUGUCCUGAAUCCACAAGCUAUCCUAGUAGUGACUGAACCGGCAGAAGGAUGUGACUUACCAGAGUAACAAGUGGUUUGCCAAGGAAUUCUCUGCUGAUCAGCGUGUAACUUGAACUGUUCAGAGAAGCAAACUUGGAGAGCUAAUGUGGUCAAAGAAAGUUUUGCCAUCCACAACUGCUGUCAUCUGAAAUCUGAAAAUGAGUACGCCAUUGGUUCCAAACAAGUCGUGCUACAAUCUAAUACAGGAUAAUAGAAAUGAGAUGAAAAAUAACAAUGAAAACACAAUGACGGUAGGAGACACAAAUGCCAAUCGAAUCACCUCAGAAGUUAAAACCUCUGGAAGAAAGGGGGGGACCAAUGAUUUGACAGGAGAAACUCAGUGCUUGAACAUUGGCAAACCAGAAAACAACACACAACUCGAUUCAGAGUGGAACAGACUUCAGAAUACUACUGGUGUGUCAGAGACAAGGUUGCCCACUACCACCAACAGGGAACUGCAUAAGGAUUAUAGAGCCGAUGGGGUUAAGGACACAUCAAAGAUAGUCCCUAUUAGCCGGGGACAUAGUUUGUCCAAUUUGAGGAUUAAUACAAAUGAUACCUUUUCAGUGGUUCUUUCAAAAAGCGAUGCUGAUCUCAUUCAGCAUGUUUCAAAGGACAGAAUACCUAGAAGGAUUGAGCCUGAAGGGAUAAAACGUCUUUCCUUGGGGAGGUCAAGGAAACUUACAGCUAAAACAGAAGCUUUUGGAAGAGAAUUUGUUGGCCGUGUAUCAGGUAAGCGUUUGCUUUCUGCAUCUCUGGAUUCUAUCGACACUUCACAUCAUUUGACUGGAGAUACUGAGACGUCUCAGAAAACAUCAGUGGAUCAUUUUUUAGGUAUGGCCUCAGAUGGAAAUAUUGUGCGUUAUUCUAAAACUACCUCGGAAACAAAGAAAAUAAACGUCUCUGCAACACAAAUGAGUGUGGACAGUGUACCAAAUUUCAACAAACAAAGCACAUCACAUCCUUCUCCUGUAGAUCAAGAUUUAACUGUUAAGUCCAAUGAUAUUUGUAGCAAAUCAGAAGCACAAUUAGAUCAUGAGGGUGAUAAGAGAGGAAAAUGGGAGUUGAAAAGUCCUCUGUCUUCACAGCCUAAGAAUUUUUGUCAGCAAAAAAUGGACAGGGUUAUAAUGGCUGAGUUUCUUAGAUGUCAAAGGGAAGAAAAUAAUGUUGUGGUGCAGAAUAAAAAGGAUUAUGAGUCUGAAGUACACAAAGUGAAAUCACUUAACUCGCAAGAUGAUAAUCCACACUUGAAUGAGGUGGUUAACUCCAUGAGCGACAGAUUAAGUGUUAAUAACUAUUCUAGUUUAGGAAGAGGAAGUAGCCAUAGUGAGGGUGAGGCAGUGAAUCAAGUUAGGGAGAAAUAUGUAGCUAAAAAGGAAGCAGAAGCUGCAUUCUGUCUUACUGAUGAUGACAAACCCAGUAGCAAACUGACACCAACAAGAAAUGAAACCAUGCUUGAUACUGAUUCAAGUUGUUUUCAAGCAGUUGGCAGGCAUAUGACUUUUGUACAUAGCAUUAAUCCACCUGACGGCAAACAUUUGAAUGAUAAUGAGAGUAAACUGAUGCUAAUCAAAGAGAACAGUGAACACUUUGCUGGGCCUGCCUCUAAUCUCCUAGAACAACCAAAAGUGCUUGAUACAGAAAGUGUGUUAGAUGAACAUUCCAACAUCCAGGACAAUUAUUUAGAAACUACAAGCUUUUCAGUUCAAAGCAAGAAGACACUUAUGGCUAAGAAACAUGUUUCAGAUGACCCCCUGGAGAGCUGUAAGGUAUCAGCAAGAACAGAUACCUUGGUAUGUGUCCCAACUCCUUUGCGCCCUGUUGCAACUGUGAAUGCUAAUAAUCACCCCACACUAUCCAGUGGCAAUUUGAAAAACCUUUAUGCGUUUCAUGUUGACAAGCUGUCACCCAACACAGUCCUACCUCCCUUUGAUGGUACACAGUUGUUAAGUCUAUCCCCAAAAGUGCCUAAUAAGACUGCCUGCAAUAGCAGCAUCCCUAAGCCGAUCCUUGUACAUUCCAAGGACCCCCAUCCAUCUAAAAGCGGUGGGGAAACAAACUGUAUUGAAAAGACAGAAGAAAAUGUUGAGGCAAAACCAGAUGUCCCCAAGCCCAAACACGUGAGACCUAAAAUAAUCACUUAUAUCAGAAGAAACCCCCAAGCUAACAGCCAGCUUGAUCAUUCAUUUGUCGCACCUGGAUUACCCUAUGGCCCUCCAGGCUGUGGUGUGCCAGUUGGAAAGGAAUCAAAUAACUCAAAUAAUGGAGAGAUUAAGCCAGCCAACAUGCUCUAUGACAAGUUUAAACCCGACCUGCAGAAACCUCGGAUUUACAGUUCUGGACUCGUUGUGUCUGGCAUUAAAUCCUCUGGCCACCAUUUCAGUCAAAUGGGUGAAAAGUUUCUACAAGAGGUUGGGGAAAGGCCUGUGAAAGAAGAAUUUUGCCCUCCACCAUAUGCCCAUUACGAGGUACCUCCAAGCUUUUAUCGUUCAGCCAUGAUACUUAAGCCCCAGUUGGGUCUGGGGGCAGUUUCCAGGCUACCAUCUGCAAAAAGUAGGAUUUUGAUUGCCAGUCAAAGGUCUUCAGCAAGCUGCAUCCAUCAACAAGGCCCAAUAACAAGCUCUCCCACACUUUUCCAUCCUGAUGCUGCAGCUGAUCUUAAGAAAGGCCCAACUCUGAACACCAUAAAGUCAAAUCUACCCAAACCCUGUCCAUCUGGACUUCGCCCACCUGGUUAUUCACGGUUGCCAGCUGCUAAACUAGCAGCAUUUGGUUUUGUCAGAAGCUCAAGUGUCUCCUCGAUCUCAAGCAACCAAUCAAAUGACAGUGCCCAAAGUGACCAAAGCAGGACAGCCAAUCGUUCAACCUUUGGAAAUGAAGAGCCAACCGUUACUAAGGCAGCUGAAUCUUCUAAAGAAGCACCCAAGGGAGCUGGUAGAAGUGCACUGCAGGCAUCAAGCAACACACCAGCUGCCCGCAAGAGUUUACUUCCAGCUCCAAAGACAACCUCAACACCUGCUGCAGGCUCAAAGAAGGAAGUACAAAAAGAUCAAGAGACCAACAGACCUGCUAUUUCAUCUCCUAAGAGGCUCGUGGUAUCAGCUACCAAACUCCACUCACCAGGACACCCUAAACAAAGGUCAUCCGUUACACGGAAUGGAUUUUCUACAAAGCCUGAUCUGCAGAACCGAGAGGCUGAAAGGCAGUUCAUCCAGCAGAUGAAGGAGAAGUGUGAUGAACAGACCAGGCGGCUCAGCUGUAUCCAGGAGGAACUCAGAAGAACUGGCUGCGGCUUUGAUGUCUUUGUUAUAACCACACAGCAUUUCUUUAGGAAGAACGAAAAUGCCCUUGUGAAAGAAAAGGAGCUCUCGGCUGAACUUGCAAACAUCAAAGAUGAAGUUGCCCUCAGCGCAGCGAAAUAUGAGAAAUUACAAAAAGAGAAGGAGGAGCUGGAAAGGAGGUUUGAGGGUGAGUUAAAGAAACUCGGCUGGCAACAGCGCGAAGAGCUCCAGGUGCUGGAAGAGCGGCUGCAGUUACAGUACAGUGCCGAAAUAGAGCGUCUGCAAGAGGAACACCGGACCCAGAUAGUCAGGCUCAGGACUCAACACCAGGAACAGGUGGAAGACAUCACAGCAAUUCAGGAAACUGCUGUGUUAGAGAUGGAAAAUAACCACUUGGUUGCUGUCGCAGGGCUUCAGGAUGAAUACCAGAGUCGUGUUCAAGAACUGAAAUCAUCCCAUGAAGUGGAAAAAAGAGAACUAGAAGAAAAUUUUGAGAAGCUGCGCCUGUCACUCCAGGACCAGGUAGAUACCCUCACCUUUCAGAGCCAGACUCUAAAGGACAAAGCAAAACGGUUUGAAGAGGCAUUAAAGAAAAACACUGAAGAACAGCUAGAGGUUGCACUUGCUCCCUACCAGCACUUAGAGGAAGACAUGAACAGCCUCAGACAAGUUCUGGAGAUGAAGAAUCAACUCAUCCAUCAACAAGAAAAGAGGAUCAUGGAGCUGGAGAAGCUGGCUGAAAAGAACUUAAUACUGGAAGAAAAAAUCCAGGUGCUUCAACAGCAGAAUGAGGACCUGAGCGUCAGGAUCCAUCAGAACACUGUGGUGACGAGACAGUUAUCAGAAGAAAAUGCUAAUCUCCAAGAACAUGUUGAGAAAGAAACAGAGGAAAAAAAGAGGCUCAGCCGAACGAAUGAAGAACUGCUGUGGAAGCUGCAGACUGCAGAACCCCAGAGCCCUGUGAAACUAUCUCCUACAUCCCCAACCCGGAUUUACCGCUCUUCAUCUGGACCACCCACCCCAGCGAAAGUCAGCACAGUGCUGAGAUGACAGGCUUAUGCAGCUCUUCAAGAUGACUUGUCCCUGACAGUAUCCCAGUCUACUGAAUGUUAUCAUCCAAGGAUGUGUUAAUUGUAGUUCUAAGUAGAUCUCCGGGGUCUAUUAUACCAGCAUGCUCUCUAGCUGUGCAGCUGUUUACUUCUAGGCAGUAGACUCUUGUGGUUCCACCACCAGAAGUGUAUCUGGUGUAGACUGAUGCGUGGAUGCCUCCACCAGGGUUAGAACCAAAUCUAAGGAAAAGGCUCCUUACUACUUAUCAUUCAGACCAACUGAAAUUUUUGCUGCCAUAUUUCAGGUUAAUUGCAAGUUCAAGCUUUGAAUAGCUGUGUUCAUGUGUGCACCCUGGAUGGUACUUGCCUCCAUGCGUGGAACAUGAAACACAUACACAUUUCUGUACAUGUAGUUGAAACUGUUCUGAAUUGCAUUUUUUAUAUGAAUGGAUUCUACAAAAGUGCUGAUCUAUUUUCAUGACCAUCAGCAAUUUUUCUAACUCGUGCCUAAGACUUAUACUGAAAUGAAAUGAAAAUGCAUUUUUGGUUUUUGGUCAAA